AUGAGUACAUUGAGUGCAUUGCUACUUUGUUUGGCAGUGUACAUUGGAACACUGUCAUACUAUCCACCGUUGGGUCUGUUCACACAUAGAUUGACACCUGACAUUGAGUUCCGACCAUUCAUCACUGGUCCCAUACCAAGCAGAGAAGGUCCAUACGCACCCAACCAACUAUUAGAGGCCAACACUCAAUACAUUGAACUAGGUAUCCAUGAGGGACCAGAAUCAAUCACAAUUAACAAGAGAGGUGAUGUAUACUUCUCAUUAAAGUCUGGAGAGAUUAGAUAUAUUGAGGCACCAAUCACACUUAGUGCACUGUAUACCAAUGGUUCCAAUGUCAUUCAUGAGAGCAAGACAUUGUUCCAUGGAGGACGUCCACUUGGUAUCCACUUUGAUCAUGAUGAUAACUUAUUGGUGGCCGAUGCAGUCAAGGGUUUGAUCCGUGUGGACAAGGAUACAAAGGAGGCUACACUAUUGGUAACAAGUUAUGGUGGAAAGAAGUUGACUUUCAUUAAUGAUGUUACAUCAGCCCCUGAUGGAAUGGUAUACUUCUCAGACAGCUCAUCAAUAGCUCCAAUAUAUGAUAGUCAAGGUGAUUGGAACACUCAACUUCCAUCAAUGUUCUCAUGCAUCAGUUCAAAUCCCAAUGGAAAACUACUCUCUUACAACCCAAAGACUAAGGAAGUCAAAGUGCUCAUUGAUGGAUUGCAGUAUGCCAAUGGAGUGACAAUGGAUCAGAACAAUGAGAGUGUGUUUGUCGCAGAGACUGCUACAUUCAAGAUAUGGAGAUACUGGAUAUCAGGUCCAAAUGCUGGAAAGGCAUCAGUGUUCAUAAGUGACUUGCCAGGCUUCCCAGAUGGAAUUAGACUGGGCCAGGAUAACAGACUUUACAUUGGUAUUUAUGGUGGAAGGACCUGGAUACUUGACUUUUUCCUUCAAUAUCCAAUGAUCAAGAGGUCAAUCUUUAGACUACCAUUCUUUGUUCCUCCCAUCAGUCCCCCAUUUGUUGCCAUUGCCAACUCCAAUACUGGCGACAUCAUUCAAACAUUGCAAUCUGCCAAGAACUCACAUUUCAAGACAGUGACAUCUGCAAUGGAGAGGGAUGGAUUGGUCUACAUUGGAAACUUGUACAACAACUUUAUUGGAGUGUACAACAUCAAUGCCACCAACAAGUAG